CAUACACGGAGCAGGCGGGCAGGAGGCAGGUCUGCCGGUAUCUUCUUCCUGCUGCAGCCAACCCAGCGUGCAGGCCAUGGAGCCUGCUGGCGGGUGAAGCAGCCAGGUGGCGGGCAUGUUCGGAGGCUUGGGAUCCCAGGGCAUGGCAGGCCCCCUGCGGGGCCGGGUGGAGGAGCUGAAACGGCCAUGGUGGCGAGAGAGCUCACCACUGGUGCUGCAGCACAGUGAGGCUGCCCGGCUGGCAGCCGAUGCGCUCCUGGAGCGGGGCGAGACUGCCUACCUGCGGGUCCUCUCAGAGGAGCGGGAGCUGCCCUUCCUCAGCGCCCUGGAUGUGGACUACAUGACUAGCCACGUGCGUAGGGGUCCCGAGCUCAGCGAGGCCCAGGGGCCAGAGGCUUCGGGGCCUGACCGCCUCAGCCUGCUCUCUGAAGUCACCUCGGGCACUUACUUCCCCAUGGCUUCCGAUGUAGACCCCCCAGACCUGGACCUGGGCUGGCCUGAGGUUCCACAGGCCACGGGCUUUAGCCCCACCCAGGCUGUGGUCCACUUCCAGAGGGACAAAGCCAAGAACAUCAAGGACCUGCUGCGUUUCCUCUUCAGCCAGGCCCGCACGGUGGUGGCUGUGGUGAUGGACAUAUUCACUGACAUGGAGCUUCUGUGUGACCUUAUGGAGGCCUCAAGCCGGCGUGGUGUCCCCAUCUACCUGCUCCUUGCCCAGGAGUAUCUGAGGCACUUCCUGGAGAUGUGCUACAAGAUGGACCUCAAUGGGGGACACUUGCCGAACAUGCGUGUACGGAGCACGUGUGGGGACACCUACUGCAGCAAGGCAGGCCGCCGUGUCACCGGGCAGGCUCUGGAGAAGUUUGUCCUCAUCGACUGUGAGCAGGUGGUGGCGGGCAGCUACAGCUUCACCUGGCUUUGCAGUCAGGCCCACACCAGCAUGGUGCUGCAACUGAGGGGCCGCAUUGUGGAAGACUUUGAUCGGGAGUUCCGCUGUCUGUACGCCGAGUCACGGCCUGUGGACGGCUUCUGUGGUGGCGAGGAUCCACUGUCUCCCCGACCACCCUGUCCUCCCCCAGUGGCCCUGGCCUUCGGGCCUGGCAUCCCAAGCCCCCCACCCUCCUCGCCCUCCAGCACCAGCCUCAGCAGCAUCAAGUGCUCACCCCUAAUGCGGCGCUCCUCUCACCUCUUUCUACCAGGAGGUGGUGGCUGCACUGUCAUGGGUAUGGGGUCCCUGUCCCCAGGCCCUGCCCGCCACGAAGCCAGUGGCGAAGCUUCUCUGCAUCGUCAGCUGUCAGACCCUAACCAUGGUUCCCCUCCUGGGCUCUACAAGGCCAACCUGGGCAAGCUUGGGGCAUACCCAUGGUCCCGGUCCUCCCCUGCCCUCAACCACAACAGUACCAGCCCCUUAACCUUGACAGUAGGGUCACCUCUGCUUCCCUGCUCCCGGCCCCUCCUCCACUUCCCUCGGGGUGUUCCAGCUCUGCCCCGGCUCCCAGAGAAUGGACUCCCAGGAAGCCAGGAGCCUAGCCCCCCACGAGGUCGCCGGGUACCUGGCAUAGGUCUGGAGAAGGUGGAGGAGAAGAAGGCAUCUCUGAGUCACAGCCAUGGUCAGCUGGAUCUCCUUAUCCCCUUCCCCAGAGCCCGAGAAGCAGGAGACCCUGACUCUGGGGUUACCCCCAACUCAGGCUCCUUUCGGCCUGGUGAGCAGGCCCCAGAAGACAGGAGGGUGUCCCCAGGCCACAGUGACAGCCAGAUGGAUUUUCUGCCCCAGGCCCAGGGUGCUGGGGGUACCCCUGAGUCAGAUUCCCUCAGACCUGGCGAUCGGGCCCCAGAGGACAGAAUGCUGUCCCUAAACCAUAGCCGUGGCCAAUUGGACCUCCUGGUACAGUACCCCAAGGCCCGGGGCUUCAGAGUGCCCCCCGAAGCCAACUCCUCAGCCAGGCCUACCAGACAGGGUCCAGAUGAGCAGCGACAGACCCUGGGCCAUAGCCAGCUGGACCUCAUCACAAAAUUUGGCCCGUUCCGGGGUGAGGGGCCUGGGCCCAAUGGUCUCCCAGGACCAAGCUCUGCUCACAUGGCUGAAGUGGGCUCUGGGGACGAGAAGCGGAUGACUCUGGGCCACAGCAAGCUGAGCCACAUCACCAAGUAUCAUCAGUUGCCGGGGGCCAGGCAGGGGCCUGAGCCUGGCUUCCUUGGAGGUCCCACCAGCAGCCAUCACAAUGGUAGCAGCAAUAACCUCUUUAGGGAUGAGAAACGGCUGACCCUGGGCCACAGCAAACUGGACCUCAUCACCAAGUACAACAAGUCCAAGUUCAAGCUGCUUCGAAGUCGCUUUGAGUCCUAGCCCUGCUUCUGGCAAGGACACGUCCCUCCUUCAUCCACUAAGACUCUGGACUGCUCAAGUCCCAGACUCUGAGGAAAGAAUGUGUCUAGAAGCCCAGGUCAGGCACACUCUCUGGGCGCAAGAUUCUACACACACACACACACACACACACACACACACACACU